CUUCAUCCUUGCUUAUACCUUUCCUUCCAUAUCCUCAACCCGUUUGAUAUGAUCACCACAAAUUUCUUUUCUUUUAUUAAUUUCAUGCCGUAAAUUCCAUUGCUCUUUGAAAAGCUAUCCAUUGCUUUUUGAAAAGCUAUUCUUUGCAAAUAGUAAUUGUAGGAGGAGGAGGAGGAGGAGAAAGGAGGCUCUUUUAAUGGCGGUCUCGGUCUCGGGGUUGACGAGGAAUGCAUCGCCGGCGCUGCCGAGAUCGCCGGCGAAGAGGAGGGGCGGCGGAGGGGAGGAAGGUGGAGGUAUGGAGGCGCUCCGGCGGCUGGGGCGGCGGGUGAAGACCUUCGAGCAGGUGGGCGUGCUCGGCUUCUUCGCCUUCACCGCCGUCUUCUUCCUUCUUAUCUUCUACUUCUUCUACUCGAACUGCGGAGGCCUGGCGCGGCCUGACCGCAUGGCGGCCGCCUCCAGCGGCGGAGGCGACCGCAUGGCGGCCGCCGUCACCGGUGGCGGUGGCGGAGAGAAGAGCGUCUGGGGACUCGGGGCGGAGAUUGGCCGGAGAAAAGAAGAAGGCGGCGGCGGAGAGAAGGUUGUCUGGGAACUAGGGGUGGAUAUUGGCCGGAGCAAAGGCGGCGGCGGCGGCGCUGGCGGAGGGGAGUGCGAUUGGUUCGAGGGGGAGUGGGUUUGGGACGAAAGCUAUCCGCUUUAUGAGUCGAGGGAUUGCGGGUUCUUGGAUGAGGGGUUUCGGUGCUCGGAGAAUGGGAGGAGCGAUCGCUUCUACACCAAGUGGCGGUGGCAACCGGCACGGUGCGAUCUCCCCAGAUUUGAUGCCGAGAAGAUGCUCGAGAAGCUGCGAAACAGACGGCUGGUAUUUGUGGGUGACUCAAUUGGAAGGAACCAGUGGGAGUCCCUCCUUUGCAUGCUUUCCGUGGCUGUUCCUGACAAGAGCUCGAUCUAUGAAGUGAACGGUAACCCAAUUACGAAGCACAAGGGCUUCUUGGUUUUCAAGUUCAGGGACUACAACUGCACUGUAGAGUAUUACAGAGCCCCGUUUUUGGUGCUCCAGAGCCGCCCCCCGGCUGGAGUGCCAGCGGAGGUAAAGGCAACACUUAAAUUGGACAUGUUGGAUUGGAUGUCCACCCGAUGGAAGGAUGCUGAUGUGCUGAUCUUCAACACUGGGCAUUGGUGGAACUAUGAGAAGACUAUCAGAGGAGGGUGCUAUUUCCAAGAAGGAAACAAGGUAAAGAUGAAAAUGAGUGUGCAUACAGCAUAUCAAAGAGCGAUUAAGACAUUGUUUAACUGGAUUGACAGAGAGGUCGAUAGGAGUAGGAGCCAGGUCAUCUUUCGCACAUAUGCUCCUGUCCAUUUCAGAGGCGGGGACUGGAAGACAGGAGGAAGCUGUCAUGUGGAGAAAUUUCCAGAGUUGGGUACUUCACAGAUAUCGCUAAAAGAGUGGGCUCAUCUGCUGGAACCAUUCAGAAAUGUGUCUUUGGAGAAUUCUGCCGAGACUCGGCUCCUAGAGUUGGAUGUGCUGAAUGUCACCCAGAUGACAGCUCGAAGGAGUGAUGGCCAUUUGUCCAUUUUUUACCUCGGUCGAUCAGGUCCCGCCCCUCUCCACAGGCAGGACUGCAGCCACUGGUGCUUACCUGGGGUUCCUGAUGCAUGGAAUGAGCUACUAUAUGCACUCUUUAUCAGAUGGGAAUCGAUGAUCUAUCGAAAUGUUACUGCUUUCAGUAACACCAUGGUAAAGCUGGCCUGGUAAACAUGCUAGGCUCAUUGCUGAUUAAUUUGCACUGCAGUUCUGCAAGAAAGUGCUGAUGUAAAUCUUUCAAAGCCUUUUAUGGCUGGAGGCAUAUUAUACAUACAAGAGCCGGUGCCAGAUUUUGAUGGGGCUUGUUGAUACAGGCUACAAAUGUAGCACAUAUAGGAGCAAUAGGAAAUCAAAAAGUCAAACUUGGUAAAUAGAAAACUGAUGUCUGUGAUGUUUAAUCCAAAAAGAAAUGGCACCAUUGUCUCUACACGAUUGAGAAAUGAGGAAUAAUAAAUACAGCAGCCGUAUUGUUUGGGAAGCCUGGUUUGCAGUAAAGCCUUCUGUAAAUUUGAGUUUUUUUGUUAAGUGUUGGAUCUACUUUGUCGAAAUGUUUUAAAUUGUUUUUGUCUCCA